UUCCGUUAUUGCGGAAAAGUUUUAAACUUUUAUAAGCCAUUUAAUACAGUAGCCUUAUUUUGAAAUAAUAAGAAAAGGAAACAAACAAAACAGAAAAUAAAAGAAAAAAACAAAACGAGAAAAUAAAAGAAUAAAAACAAAGACAUUAACAAAGAGAAAAAAAUAAAGACUGACCAAGAAAAUGGAAAUAUUAAACGAAGCAAAAUUCUCGAAUCCGACAGUGAAGUGAACUAUUUUUUUUUUAAGAAAAGAAAAUAAUUUAAAAAAAGAGAGAAAAUUCAUUUAAGGAAAAGAACACAUUGUGGCGACUUUUUUUUCCCUUUACGAAGAAUAAUACACCUUAACAAUACAGAGAAAAGAAGAAUUUUGAAAGAAUAACAAAAGGGAAAGAAGAACUGACGUGAACAAAGUUUCUUCAAGGAGAAAUUCUUGUUGAGUUUCCUUAGCAAGAUGUUGAUUUAUAUCUUCGUCGUUGCAGGUCUUCUGAGCCUCCUCCAGGAACCCGUUUCUGCGUCCACAAGUCACAGCAAGGAAAACGGUAUCCUUCGCCAGAGCGCCUUCCACAAGGACAUUUUACACGUCCCAGGACAAGACUCGGGGCAAAAUGUGUCCUUCGUAGGAUACCCGGCGAAGGAACAGUCCUGCAUGCCUGGGGAAUGGAUGUGUCUGGACGGCUCGGCAUGCAUCCCAGAAAACGCCACUUGCUCCGAGGUUCCGGAGUGCACUGACGAAUCGGACGAGGCGGCUUCGAAGUGCGGAUGCCUCGAGACCGAAUACGAGUGCCAGGACAUCUGUAUUGAUAAGCUGAGCAGGUGUGACAACGUGAAGGACUGUGAGAAUGGCGAAGACGAGGAAGACUGUGACACGUGGCCCUGUGGAACGUACCACUUCAAAUGCAACAAUUCCAAGUGCAUUCACAGUGUUGCAGUGUGUGACUUCGUGGACAACUGCGGGGAUGGAUCAGAUGAAACCGUGUGUCCCAACCACGAGUGUUUUUACCCCGACUUCCGCUGCAAGAACAGAGAAUGCAUCCGCCCAUUAUUAGUAUGCGAUGGUGUUAAGAACUGCAAUGAUGGGACAGACGAGUCGGAGUGUGAUCCAGAACAUUUCAAAGUGUGCGCAUCUGGCAAGCGCAUUCACAAGUUCUAUUGGUGCGACGGACACGCCGAAUGUGAGGACAACCACGCCGACGAAAUGGACUACGUUUGGGACGCCUGA